AUGGCUAAUGAACUGGAGGAAGUUUUAAAGAAGUUUGCUUUAUCUAAUCUAGAGCAGAACGGAACAUGCAUCAUUGGGAAGAUUAGAGGAGAAAAAGUUGCAAAUUUCAUAGGAGUAAAGAACUUCGUGACUGCAGCUUGGGGUUACCCAAAGAAUCUGGAAGUAGCGGAGCUAGGUCCUAACUUAUUUCAGUUCUUCAUUCCAGAAGAGGAGAACAAACUGAGAAUACUAAACGGGGGACCAUGGUUGAUAGACAGUCAGAUUCUAGUGCUGAAUAGAUGGGAGGCUGGAAUUGAGGAAAAUACUGAGGCAUUUAGAUUUGCCCCUCUAUGGGUUCAAGUAUGGAAUUUGCCAAUCCACUGGAUCUCGAAAGAGGCUGGGAGAAAGAUAGGGAAAAUGUUUAAAGAAGUGAAGGAAGUUCUAAUUUCCCACACAGGAGGAAAGGAAGGAAAGCACUUGAAGAUGCUAGUGUGGGCAAACAUGACCCAACCAUUACUACUUGGAACAACAGUCAAGAUGAAUGGAGUGCUAAAAUGGAUUAAUUUUAGGUAUGAAAGAGUACCUGAUUUCUGCUACAAGUGUGGAAUUGUUGGUCACAGUGAGAAGAAAUAUAAGAACAAAGUGAGCAUUAAGAAGGGACAACAUGAGAACCAAUAUGGUCUCUGGCUACGUGCACAAAAUGGGAGAGGAUCACCACAACAGAAGAGUAAUCCCAGUUCAUAUAAUCCGGAUAGGCAGGUUUGGGGGUUUCAAAAUGGGGAAUGGAUCAAGAAGAGCAAUGGUAAAAAAGAAGAACAGGGAACCAACCCUUCCAGAACAGAGAGUGUUAAAAGCAUGGCAUUGACCAAGAAUGCAUUCACAGUAGAGGAUCAUAAUGUAAGGCUGGUAGACAGGGUACAGGAACCAAAUGAGGGAGAUGAGGAGCUCCUGGAUGCUCAGGUGAUAGAAAUGCACAAAGAAGGGGCCGAAAGGAUAAAUAAAGUGAGUAAUCUGGAAUCUGCCUUAACAGAGUGUGAGAUGGGGAGAAUGGUUCAAGCAGUAGGGUCUCUGGUAGCAUUAGGAGAGCUUGGUAAUAGGAACCUGGAUAGGAGAAUGGGAGAAAGGGAAGAUAAAACAAUGGACAUGCUGGUGGAUGAGGAAGAACAUAGCCAGAAUAAGGAAAAUAGAGUCAGCAGGGUGAGGAAAUCAAGUGAGGCGAGGUCAGUGGGAAGUCUUGAUAGAAGGAAAGUUGGGUGGGGGGAUAAAUGGAUUAUUAUAGGUGACUUCAAUGAUAUCACCUCAAAUGAUGAAAAAUGGUGUGGAAGGAGGAGAGAUAAUAGAAGUUUUCAUGACUUUCGAAAGUUCAUAAAUGAGAAUCAGCUGCUGGAUGUUGGGUAUAUAGGAAAGCCGUGGACAUGGAGCAACAACUGGUAUGGGAAUGGAGAAAUCAAAGAGCGACUGGACAGAGGCCUAUGUUCCAUGAAAUGGUCUCAAUGCUAUGAGGAUGCAAGGUGCACACACAUUGAUUCGAUUGCCUCUGACCAUAGCAUGUUGUUACUUGAAACUGAGAAGAAAAGAAAGAGAUGGAAAAAAAGAUUCCAGUUUGAUAAAAGAUGGUUACAACAUGAUGAUAUUGUGGAGGUGGUAAAGAAGGCUUGGGAUGUCCAGUGCGAGGGAACUAAAUGGUUCAAGGUGAAGGAGAAAAUCAAGAACUGUAGGAUUGAGCUUCUUAAAUGGAGCAACAAAAAGAAAGGGAACUCACUAGAAAGAAUUAAUUGGUGCAAAGACCAGAUUGAGGCAAUUAAGGCAUCAGAGACUGAAAACAAAAGGCCAAGGAUUAGGAAAUGA